CAGCAGAGAGAAGUUGCACAACACAGUUGCACUUUGGAAAAGGAUCAAAGUUCUUGCUGAAACUUUUUUUCUGGACCGUAGACUAAGUCAGAUAAGAUGAUGAAGAAGCUGUGGAUGGAUGUGGACACAGGUGUGGAUGAUGCUCAGGCCAUCAUGAUAGCCAUCGCCGCCCCAAAUGUGGAGAUCCUGGGGAUCUCCUGCAGCCAUGGCAACACACCCCUGGAGAACUCCUGCAAGAACACACUGCGUGUCCUGAAAGCCUGCAACAGGCCGGAUAUCCCGGUGUACAUAGGAUGUUCAGGGCCACUGCUGAACCGUACACGCCACGCUGGAGACUUCCACGGGAAGGACGGGCUGGGUGACUCCCCGGAUCCAGACGCUCCAGGCCUGGAGCUGCUGCAGAAGAAAAGAGCAGCGCAGGCCAUCAUUAAGAUAGUCAACCAACACCCUGGAGAGGUGAGUCUGGUUGCCACGGCGCCCCUCACUAACCUGGCCGUCGCGGUCCAACUGAGCCCGUCCUUCCCCAAGAAGCUGAAGGCACUCUACAUCAUGGGAGGAAACAUGGAAUCCAGGGGUAACACCACGGUGUGUGGAGAGUUCAACUUUGUGGCUGACCCCGAGGCUGCCUACAUCGUGUUGGACCGCUACACCUGUCCCACCUACAUCGCCACCUGGGAGUUCAGCUGCAGGAACAGCCUGCCGUGGUCUUUCUGCGACACUUGGUUGGCCCAAAACACAGACAAGGCUCGCUUCAUGGAGAAGAUUUACAGCCACACCAGGAAGAUGGUCCAGACUGAUCGGUAUCAAAAGGAGCUAGUGUCAGGAUCCGGGUUCAACACCUGUGACACGUAUGCUUUGGCUGCAGCCAUCGAGGACACCCUGGUGACGGAGAGUGAAGAGGUUGCAGUGACGGUGGAGUUGGAGGGGGCUCACGCUCGAGGCAUGAUGGUGCUGGACUACAUGGACCUGCUGAAGAAGGAACACAAGGUCACCAUCAUGAAGAAAAUUGACGAGAAUAAGUUCAAACAACUGUUGAUGAAUGCACUGAAAUGACAAUCUUUGCAAAGUGCAGCCAAACCGGUUACAAUACGGUUCAUCCCACUCUUUAUUAUUACUUCUAACACUUUCUACAUUCCAUUGUGUUGCACUAAAUAUGGUCGUGUCAGGUAACGCCCCAGAGGAGAAACCUGUUUUCACGUGUUUUGAAGUGGGGUUAUAUGAGGUACUUAUCCAUAGUCAGUGUAUUACUCACAGUUCGACACGCCCCCAGUUUGGAGACACAGACAGGAGUUACCGCAUGGAAGCAAAAUUACAGGAGGUAAAAUUACAGUUUUUUUCAAUGGAGUCUGGUGUCUUUGGCGAGAGCAUAGAUGAGGCUUCAGUUCCCUCUCUGAAACAGACUGUAUAGCGGUCUCACAGCAAGAUGUACCGGCGAAAGUUACCGUGCUGGUACUCCUGUCUGCUUCUCCAAACUGGGGGCGUAACGACCGCCAUCUACUGUAGGUAAUACACCGACUAUGGAUAAGAAGCUCAUACAACCCCAUGUCAAAACACCCAAACUAUCCCUUUAAGGUGAACAAAUAACAUGUGCCUGAUAUUUCCUUAAAAGUUCUCAUUGAAAGUGGAUUGCCUGUUUACUUUUUACUCAUUAUAUUGUUUUUGUAUAUGUCUUCAUUCGUAGACGUUUCAAAUAUUGAAUCUUCUGUAUGUAUAUUUGUUUUUUCCUUUCUUUUACAUUCCUGUUCAGUAUUUUCUAUUUCUGGGUUUCUUUUUUAUUACAUGGUCCUUGAGAUACAUAUUGUCUCUUUUCAGGGAUGUUUUUUCCUGUAUUAUUAAGAAAGAUAAUGAUGAGUCAUAUUGUGAGAUACGGUUAGUGAUUCUUUCUUAAAAACUGAAAUAAAUGAGUUGAUAC